ACUGCUAAGCCUCUCUUGGCAACCUACAUCCUUGCCCAGGAGGACUGCAUAAUGCUGGGCACUGUGAUGGCCCUAGCAACCAGGGCCCAUCCUUGGCGACCUGAGGCUAUAUAAGCCCACAGCAGAGGGCCUCUAGUCAUUCGGUUUCUCCUUCUGGCAUGAGCACCACCUAUGCCACCUAGCUCUCUCUCAGUAGCCGGCCCUGAGAUCGCCACAGUGAAACAUCACUCACCUAGACCACGUCGGCCUUCACCUCUGUCUGGCUCUGGCCUCUUUGUUUCCACCUCCACCUCUGGUCCCAGUUCUAGCUCUGGCUCCCUCUUUGCUUCCGUCACUGACUCUGGCUCUGCUUCUGGUUCCAGCCGGUUUGUUUCCAUCUCGUUCUCUGGUUUCUUGGCUUCCAUCUCCGGCUCAAGUUCCAGCUCCCACUCCAGCGUCUUUGCUUCCACCUCCACCUCCACCUCCACCUUCACCUCCAGCUCCAGUUCCAGCUCCAGUUCCAGUUCUGGUUCUAGCUCCGAUUCCAGUUCCGACUCUGGCCACUUCACUCCCGCUUCUAACACCGCCUCCGUCGGCUUCUCUUCAACCGCCUCCCCAACCUUCAUCAUCUCUUCCACCAUCUGCUUUUCGAUCUUUGCCUCCAUUGCCGCCCUAGUAUUUGGCUCCAUCUUCACCUCCAUCGCCCCUGGCCUGCUUUCUUCCCUUCUCCUUUUCCUCUUCCUGUUCCUGCUCCUGCUGCUCCUGUCCCUGCCUGUCAACUCCCCUUCUUCUUCCUUCCUGGGCACCACCUACCAUUCCACCACCACAUCGUCUUCAUCGUCAUUGUUUUCCUCAUCGUCAUCGUCAUCCUCCAACAUCGUCACCUCUCCUCACGUCAAUUGUCACCACCGGACUUGUCAACUUCCUCGCCCUCCUCGUGGUGGUUCUUACCACCUUUGUCCUCCUUCUCUGCCAUUGUUUUCUCUACCCCACAGUGGUAGUUCUGGUCCUACUCUCCGACUUCCUUCCCGAGCUGCUCCUUCUAGUGGUUCUCCGCUUGCUUCUGCUCCUUUUCCCCAGUCUCUCCUCUGUCACACCACGAACAGAGAUUAUGACGUUAUCAUCCUUGGCACCGGGAUGAAGGAGUGUGCCCUCGGGAGCUUGCUGAUCUCACUGGGAAAGAAGGUACUUCACAUCGACCGCAAUUCCAUCCACGGUGGGGACAGCGCCUCACUGAGCCCUCUGAACAUCGUCUAUCGCCACUUCAAUGCGCCCAACUCACCCCCUGCCACCAUGGGCCGUGGACAUGCCUGGAAGAUAGACCUUCUGCCCAAGUUCCUUAUGGCCAACGGGCAGCUGAUGAAAAUCCUGACCCACUUAGAUGUGCUGCACUUCCUGGACUUCCACGUAGUGGACGCCAGCUUCUUGUACAAGGGCAGCCGGAUUCACAAAGUGCCCUCUACCGAGACCGAGGCCCUGGCCUCCGGGCUGAUGGGAUUCUUCGAGAAACGCCGAUUCCGCAAAUUCUUCGUGUACGCCCUUAACUUCAACGAACAGGACCCCCGAACAUACGAAGGGGUGGAUCCCCGGAAGACAAUUGGGAAAGAUCUCUUCCGGAGAUUCGAUUUGGGCCAAGAUGUCACGGACUUUGCUGGACACGCGCUGGCCCUAAAUCGUACCAACAGUUAUCUGGACCACCCCUGCCUCGAGACAUUACAAAAGAUUCAACUCUAUACGUUUUCCCUGGCCAAGAAUGGAAAGAGUCCUUACCUCUACCCUCGUUUUGGAAUCGGAGAGCUGGCGCAGGCCUUUGCUCGGCUGACCUCCAGCCAAGGGGGCGUUUUCUUAAUGAACAAACCGGUGGACGAGAUACUCUUCAGGGACAGCCGAGUGAUGGGCAUCAGGUCAGAGGGUCAGACCAUAAGGUGCAAACAAUUGAUUUGUGAUCCUAGCUAUGCACCAGACCGUGUGCGCAGGGUCGGCCAGGUCAUCAGGGCCAUCUGCAUUCUCGGGCACCCCGUUAGAAACACCAACGGGGCCACUUCGGGACUCAUCAUCAUCCCUUCGGCCCACACAAACCGCAGAUCGGACAUCUAUGUCUUUCUUACUUCAUUCGUACAGAAUGUGGCUGCACAGGGCAAAUACAUUGCCAUCGUGAGCACAACUGUGGAGAGUAAAGAUCCCGAAAAAGAAAUCCAGAUAGCUCUGGAGCUCCUGGAGCCCAUCGAGCAAAAAUUCUUUUUUGUAAGUGACCUGCUUGUGCCUAUGGAUUCGGGAACCAGAAGUCAGAUCUUCAUAACAACCAGUUACGAUGCUACUGCCCACUUUGAGAGCGCCUGUGGUGAUAUAAAGGGGAUCUAUAGAAAAAUGACAGGAUCCGAACUGAAUUUUAACUAAGACAUUGUAGAACAUCAGUUGGGGAAGAAAAGAACAUGCUACGAAUAUAGGAGAAAUUUGGAUAUCUGAACAAUAAAGCAACUCCCCCCGGGAAACAAUAAAAAUGUGUUGUUGUGUGAAAUGUUAUUAAGUCUCAGAGAUUUGGAGCUCCACUCACACCCUACCUCCUUACCCCUAACUAGGGUCACUCCCCCUCUCCCUCCUUUCCCCCAGCUAAGGUCACUCCCCCUCUCCCUCCUUUCCCCCACCUAAGGUCACUCCCCUUCUCCCUCCUUUCCCCCACCUAAGGUCACUCGCCCUCUCCCUCCUUUCCCCCAGCUAAGGUCACUCGCCCUCUCCCUCCUUUCCACCUGUUAAGGUCACUCCCCCUCUCCCUCCUUCUCCCCAGUUAAGGUCACUCCUCCUCUCCUUCCUUUCCCCCAGCUAAGGUCACUCCCCUUCUCCCUCCUUUCCCCCAGCUAAGGUCACUCCUCCUCUCCCUCCUUUCCCCCAGCUAAGGUCACUCCCCCUCUCCCUCCUUUCCGCCUGUUAAGGUCACUCCCCCUCUCCCUCCUUCUCCCCAGUUAAGGUCACUCCCCUUCUCCCUCCUUCUCCCCAGUUAAGGUCAUUCCCCUCUCCCUCCUUUCCCCCAGCUAAGGUCACUCGCCCUCUCCCUCCUUUCCCCCAGCUAAGGUCACUCGCCCUCUCCCUCCUUUCCCCCAGCUAAGGUCACUCCCCCUCUCCCUCCUUUCCCCCAGCUAAGGUCACUCGCCCUCUCCCUCCUUUCCCCCAGCUAAGGUCACUCCCCCUCUCCCUCCUUUCCCCCAACUAAGGUCACUCCCCUUCUCCCUCCUUUCCCCCAGCUAAGGUCUCUAGAGCCCUCUCCCUCCUUCUCCCCAGUUAAGGUCACU